CCGGCAGCGGCGGCAGGAUACAGCCGAGUCUUGCGCUCCCUAUAAGAACCUCCUUGCGAGCGACGCCAUUUUAAGCCUCUCGCUCGGUUCGGCGGCAGCGCGGCGGCAGGGGAGCGUCCGGCGCGGACGGACAGAGCCGGAGCCAGGCGACGGCCGGAGCCCGGGGCUGGGGGAACCUUGCGCUCUUGCCUCCCCGCAGUGUCUCUGAAGUUCUGCAGACUACAGUUUUGGGAGCCCAGCAAGGAACAUGGCAACCCAAGCUGACUUGAUGGAGUUGGAUAUGGCAAUGGAGCCAGAUAGAAAAGCAGCAGUCAGCCACUGGCAGCAGCAAUCCUAUCUUGACUCUGGUAUCCACUCUGGUGCCACAACAACAGCUCCCUCUCUGAGUGGCAAGGGGAAUCCUGAAGAGGAUGAUGUCGACACCACCCAAGUUUUGUAUGAGUGGGAGCAGGGGUUCUCUCAGUCCUUUACCCAGGAACAAGUAGCUGACAUUGAUGGACAGUAUGCAAUGACUAGAGCACAGAGAGUGCGCGCAGCUAUGUUCCCUGAAACACUGGAUGAAGGCAUGCAGAUCCCUUCCACACAGUUCGAUGCUGCUCAUCCAACUAAUGUGCAGCGCCUGGCUGAGCCAUCCCAGAUGUUAAAACAUGCUGUCGUUAACUUGAUAAAUUAUCAAGAUGAUGCAGAACUUGCAACUCGUGCCAUCCCAGAACUGACCAAAUUGUUGAAUGAUGAGGACCAGGUGGUGGUGAACAAGGCUGCAGUUAUGGUUCAUCAGUUGUCCAAAAAGGAAGCCUCCCGCCAUGCUAUCAUGCGCUCUCCUCAAAUGGUAUCUGCUAUUGUGCGUACCAUGCAAAAUACAAAUGAUGUGGAAACAGCCCGUUGCACUGCAGGUACACUACACAACCUCUCGCAUCACCGUGAAGGAUUGUUGGCCAUCUUCAAAUCAGGAGGCAUUCCUGCUCUGGUUAAAAUGCUUGGUUCUCCUGUGGACUCCGUGCUGUUCUAUGCUAUAACUACUCUGCACAACCUCCUGUUGCAUCAGGAAGGUGCCAAAAUGGCUGUCCGUCUAGCUGGUGGGCUGCAGAAAAUGGUUGCCUUACUCAACAAGACAAAUGUUAAAUUCUUGGCCAUCACAACAGAUUGCCUUCAGAUUUUAGCUUACGGCAAUCAAGAAAGCAAGUUGAUAAUUCUGGCUAGUGGUGGACCCCAGGCUCUAGUAAACAUAAUGAGGACCUACACAUAUGAGAAACUACUGUGGACCACAAGUAGAGUGCUGAAGGUGCUCUCAGUCUGCUCUAGUAACAAACCUGCUAUUGUUGAAGCUGGUGGGAUGCAGGCUUUGGGACUCCAUCUUACAGAUCCAAGCCAACGUCUUGUUCAGAAUUGUCUUUGGACUCUCAGAAAUCUUUCAGAUGCUGCAACUAAGCAGGAGGGCAUGGAAGGUCUUCUAGGAACCCUUGUUCAGCUUCUAGGGUCAGAUGAUAUCAAUGUUGUAACCUGUGCAGCUGGCAUCCUUUCUAACCUUACCUGCAACAACUAUAAGAACAAGAUGAUGGUAUGCCAAGUUGGUGGUAUUGAGGCUCUUGUGCGCACUGUUCUUCGGGCUGGUGACAGGGAAGACAUCACAGAACCUGCUAUCUGUGCACUUCGUCACCUCACUAGCAGACAUCAGGAAGCUGAGAUGGCACAAAAUGCAGUACGUCUUCACUAUGGACUUCCAGUAGUGGUUAAACUCUUACACCCACCAUCUCACUGGCCCCUGAUCAAGGCUACUGUUGGUCUGAUCCGCAAUCUUGCUCUCUGUCCAGCCAAUCAUGCACCCCUGCGUGAACAAGGCGCCAUUCCAAGGCUAGUUCAGUUGCUGGUUAGAGCACAUCAGGAUACCCAGCGUCGCACAUCUAUGGGUGGAACACAACAGCAGUUUGUGGAAGGUGUGCGUAUGGAGGAGAUAGUUGAAGGCUGUACUGGAGCCCUUCAUAUCCUUGCACGAGAUGUUCACAAUCGAAUUGUAAUCAGGGGUCUAAAUACUAUUCCACUAUUUGUGCAGUUGCUGUAUUCUCCCAUUGAGAAUAUCCAGAGAGUAGCUGCAGGAGUACUCUGUGAACUGGCCCAAGAUAAGGAGGCAGCUGAAGCCAUUGAAGCCGAGGGAGCAACUGCUCCUCUAACAGAACUGCUUCACUCUAGAAAUGAAGGUGUUGCAACAUAUGCAGCUGCAGUGCUGUUCAGAAUGUCUGAGGACAAACCACAAGAUUACAAGAAACGGCUUUCAGUUGAGUUGACGAGCUCUCUCUUCAGAACUGAACCAAUGGCUUGGAAUGAGACUGCAGAUCUUGGACUUGAUAUUGGUGCCCAGGGAGAGCCUCUUGGAUACCGUCCAGAUGAUCCUAGCUACCGUUCUUUCCACUCUGGCGGAUAUGGUCAGGAUGCCUUGGGUAUGGACCCUAUGAUGGAGCAUGAAAUGGGUGGCCACCACCCUGGUGCUGACUACCCAGUUGAUGGGCUGCCAGAUCUGGGACAUGCCCAGGAUCUUAUGGAUGGGCUACCUCCAGGUGACAGUAAUCAGUUGGCCUGGUUCGAUACUGACCUGUAAAUCGUCCUUAGCUGUAUCGUCUGAAUGAACUUGCAUUGUGAUUGGCCUGUAGAGUUGCUGAGAGGGCUCGAGGGGUGGGCUAGUAUCUCAGAAAGUGCCUGACACACUAACCAAGCUGAGUUUCCUAUGGGAACAAUUGAAGUAAACUUUUUGUUCUGGUCCUUUUUGGUCGAGGAGUAAUAAUACAAAUGGAUUUUGGGAGUGACUCAGAAACGAAGAAUGCACAAGAAAGAAUCAAGAUGGAAUUUAUCAAACCUUAGCCUUGCUUGUUAAAUUUUUUUAACCUCUGUAAUGGUACUGACCUUGCUUGCUUUGAAAGUAGACUUUUCUUUUUGCUGUAACUGGUAGGGUUUUUUUAAGUCUCUUGUAGUGUUAAGUUAUAGUGAAUAUGCUACAGCAGUUUCUAACUUUUAAGGAUCGAGUAAUGGUGUAGAACACUAAUUCAUAAUCACUAAUUGUAUUCUGAAUAAAGUGUAACAUUGUGUAGCCUUUUUGUAUAAAAUAGAGAAAUAGAAAUGGUCCAAUUAGUUUCCUUUUUAAUAUGCUUAAAAUAAGCAGGUGGAUCUAUUUCAUGUUUUUGAUCAAAAACUUUAUCUGGGAUGUGUCUGGGUAGGGGCCAGUAAGAACUGUUUAUUUGGAACCUUGUAGUGGACAGUUUACCAGUUGCCUUUUAUCCCAAAGUCAUUGUAGCCUGCUGUGAUACAGAUGCUUCAUGAGCAAAAGCAGUUAUAAAAUGGUUAAGAAUUAAAGUAAACUUUUAAUUCA